AUGCCUGUCAAUACAAGAUCAAUCAACCGCGAAGAGACUUCAGAGAAUCAGAUAGCUGGAUUCUUUCUAACAUCAAUAACCGCGCGAAGACAAUGCAAUAAUCAAGCUCAAGAUAAUUCUUCAGAACCUGAAGAUAUGACAGAUCAUGAUAAAGUCACCAUUCUGAGACAGCUUAUUGCUCAGAAGAAUGAGGAAAUACACUGA